AUGCCCUCCUCAUCGUCCAAGUUAUCUUCGAGGGCUCGGUCAUCUUCGGUGUCUCAGCCAUCCACCGCUAAAACGACGCCGGAAUCGAAGGGGUCCAGCACCAAGAAAAGACCCCGUACAGGCCACGAAGAGCCGACAGCAGCAGCGGGGACGCCGGUGAGCCCUGUAUCGAAGCAACGGCCGCCGCCUGUCACGGAUGACACCCACGUCGACACGGACGAUGAGAAUGACUUUUACCAGGAGCGCCCGGAGUAUGUCGAGCACACGUACAGCUACAUCCAGGACCAACUCCGUGAGCUCGUUGGACUACAGUUGCCUGAGGACAAAGUCUACACGGCGGAAAAGCCUGGCUUGAUUCGCAAGUUUGCGGAGGACCAUUUCGAUUUCAAAAAUCUCUUCAGCAACGAUGACGAAGAGAUCUUGGCCAGACUACGCGAGAUGAGUGUUCACUCGGCGCUGCUCAUUGGCUGCGUCGCGAAUGGUGGACCGCGCAGCGUCAAGGGCUGGCUGGAAAUCUUCACGGAGCCGUUCGAGCGACAGGCACUCGUGAGCGGCAUCAUCGGCAAGGUUCUCGAGGAGCACGUCUUCGCGAGCCUGUGUUUCGGCGCCACCCCCAAGCAGCUAGAGGAGCUGCACAAGGAGAUCGAUCUCAAGCACAGGGACUACCCCCAUGAUGGCUUCACCCGCGCCCAGCUCCGCUACGAACGCAUCCGCAAGAUCAUCCAGAAAGCCACGAACCCCACAACCAACCCCUUCGGCCUCCCGCCCGACUUCAUCGCCACCAGCAAGCGCCUCGCCUGGCAACUGUUCACGGUGCUGGAGCCCAUCUACGCGUUGAAAGCGGGCUACGGCGCCCCCACUUCGCCCACCUCGCCGGCGUCGAAGAGCAGGAAGCGGCAGCCCUCCUGGAGCGAGCUCCGCAGCGGCAGCAGCGGCGACGCCCAGCGCGACCUCGUCGCCGACCUCUACACCAUCGUCGUCCGCGCCGGCAUCCUCUCCCUGCACAUGCGGCUCGACCCCACCACCGUCUACUUCGGCGUCUGCGCCGGCAAGGACGAGUACUGGGACGAGAAGGCCAUGCGCGCCUACAACUACCGCUACAUGAUCAAGACCAACCCGUUCACCAACAUGCCCGAGAGCGACGGCACCGAUGAGACCGAGAAGAAAAGGCGCAAGGCCCAGUGCCAGCUCGCGCUGGUCAGGAUGGCGCUGUUCCCCGGGUGGCAGGCGUUCAAGAAGGGCGGGUGGAGGAGCGAGGAUAAGGAGAAGGGGAUGAGGGUGUGUGAGCUGGGGAGGCAGUGGGUCAGCUUGAGGUGGGGAAGGCAGCGGAGGUGGGAGAGCCCCGAGCAGAAGGCGAAGAGGUUGGCGGAGCUGCAGAAGAAGAAGAAGAAGGGUAAAGGUAAGGGGAGGGCAAAGGCGGUGGAUACUAGCGAGGAAGAUGAGGAACUGGGAUGGGAGGAGUGGUUGACUAUCUGGGGAGAGGGAAAGCCGGGCAGCGAGGCGGCGCUGAGGAAGAUCAAGAAUUGGUUCUCCUGGAAUGUGCCGAGUGAAGAGUUUGAAAGCGAGGAGGAAAUGUCCGUGGACGAGUAA